UGGAGGAUCUUGGGGUCAGCCUUUUGGGUAAUAGAAGUUACUCUGUGCCAUGCUUGAGCUUCUAAAAGUCUAAAAGUACAGUAUGUGCAAUGUUGCAGAUAAGCUUUAGGGUUGCUCUCCUGCUCCUGCUCUUGGUCGUCAGAUGUGUUGCAGAGGAAGCAACACCAAGUAAAGGCUGCAUUUGUGGGUAUCCUGGAAUACCAGGCGAUCCUGGUCAUAAUGGUUCACCAGGCAGAGACGGCAGAGACGGACUCAGAGGGGACAAAGGAGACCCAGGUGAAGUUGGCCCUAAAGGACCAGCCGGUACCGAUGGCCUAAAAGGAACCAAAGGAGAUGCUGGUACUAUUGGUAAUGUUGGGCCUAAAGGGAAAAAAGGAGAAAAUGGAGAAAAGGGGUCUCCUGGAAAAAUGGGGCCCCAAGGAAUACAGGGACCAAUUGGGAUAAAAGGAAGCAAGGGAGAACUUGGCUUACCAGGACCCCAAGGACUUAAAGGAGAUUUAGGCCCACCAGGACCACAUGGUCCAAAGGGGGAAAUUGGCCUAAGAGGUGACAGAGGUAUUCAGGGGCCACUGGGACCCCCUGGUAAGCCAGGGCCUAAGGGAGAAUUGGGUGUGCCGGGUCACAAAGGAAACAUUGGUUACCGUGGCGAAAGGGGUGCUCGGGGUGAGAAGGGUGAAAGUGGCGAAAAGGGAGAGUCUCCUGUCAUCCCCAAAAGUGCCUUCUCCGUGGGACUCACAGCACGUAGUAAACUUCCACCAGCCAACUUGCCAAUCCGGUUCGACAAGAUUAUUUACAACCAACAGAACCACUACGACUCACAGACAGGGAGAUACACGUGCCCCGUAGCUGGCGCCUACUUCUUCACCUACCACAUCACCGUCUUCUCCAGAAACGUGAAAGUGGCCCUAAUGAAGAAUGGGGUAAAAAUCAUCCACACCACUGACAACUACCAGACCAGCGAGGACCAGGCAGCAGGGGGCGCUGUGCUGCACCUGGAUGUGGGGGACAAAGUGUGGCUGCAGGUGGUUGGAGGAGAGCUGUUCAAUGGGCUGUUUGCUGAUGAAGAUGAUGACACCAUCUUCUCUGGGUUCAUAAUCUUUGGAUCCUAAUUAAAGAUUUUCAACAAAAAUCUAAGUUAAAGCAAAAUUUAGUUUUACUUCUAUCUGAUUAUGAUCCAAUGAAAUUAAUUUAAUUCAAAAUUGGGUUGUUAUAUUUCAAAGUAAUUACAUUAAAAUUAAUUUGUAUUUUGUUUCCAUUAUUUCAGACAGUAAACAGCUACUUUAUCAGUACAUCUUCUGCUAAAUAAAGUUGAAAUGAUUUUUCAAAUAGGAUACAAGUUAUAUGCAAGUGUAACUAUUAGUAAUUGUCUCAGCUGAAGUGCAAAUAAAAUGUUUCCAUUGUACAGAAAGAUUUAUGUAUGCAUGUAAAAUAUGUAUUUAUUUAAUUAAUUACCAAACUGAGUUUUCAUCAAGUCAUGAUCUGUUAAAUCAUACUAAAUUACAUCAACCUGUUCAGGAACUGUAGGUGGAAAAUGGCAUUUUUCCUAGAACCUGGUACCAUGCAUCUGUCCUUCUAAAAGGUUAAUGAAGUGUUGUACAUUCUCUCUCUGUAAAUAAAUUGUCCUGUGAUUGUUUUAAGAAUUGCUUUGAUGUCCCCAGGACAAGAAGGUACUCUCAAUAAAUGUAUUCAGAAUCCACCAAAAAUAUCUUGGACUUGUGACCAAAUCAGUCAUAUGCUGCCUGUUGAACUAAGCUGGGCACCCAGUGUUGCAAAAAAAUUGCACAAAAGGUUUUUUUAUUUUUAUUAUUCUAAGUAAAAUAGAGAUAAGUCACAAUCUCUAACAAUGAAUUUUGGACCUUGGAAACCAAAACAAAGCUGGUUGGGAAAGCAAACAUUACAUGUACAUUAUGAAAUGAAAUCCAUAAGGAACAGAACAUGCUGACUGUGUGGAUUUAAAGCCUCUGCUUACAGUGUUACUGUAUAAAGGACAGUGACAUUUUUACUUUUAUAUAUGGAAAGCUUUUG